GCCACUCGCAGAGUGCACACGUGCCCCAGAUUGCUUCGGGGGGUCUGCCUUCCUCUGCACUCGAUUCUGCUCCACCCCAAUUUCAAGCGCCUGGAAAUCUCCUCCGCCCUCGCGCACCGCAGCGCAACGCCGCUCCUUUGAUGAGUACUGCGUUUUGGUGGCCGUUAUCGGGUGAAGGCUGUCCACUUUCGAUUGUAAGGUAUUUCUUCAUUUUGGAAAGCGGAGGCAGUAGUUUUCUCCUAGCCUGCCCGAAUUUCGACAUGCGUUGGUGUUGUGAUAUGGCGCCAUGCAUUUUUGUGCCCCAAUUACCGCAGGGAACGUGUUUAACUCGGACUUGAGGGACCCUGAUACGUUAGUUUCUCCAUUUUGCUUGGUAUCAAACAAUUUCAGAAUAAUAGAGAGCGAGAGCACGAGAAGUUGAGACUUCAGCGACAUUUUUCUUGUCGGGUGGUCAGGUAGCCGUAGAAUACUUGGUUUGGUAGAUAACUAAGGGAUGCCUCGAUCAUUAUCCCGGUCGAGGUCCCCGCCUCGCAAAGAGCGGCACCGAACUUCUGCACGAUCACCCUCGCCUACGAAAUACCGUCACAGCACAAAACGGAGGAGGGAAUCACAUAGAAGCCGAUCACCGGUGCAUCAUGUUCACAGCAGGUACAGGAGUCGGACACCAACUCCUAGGCGUUCAAAGCGGCGUAGUCGUUCAAGAUCACCAAUUAGAUCCCGAAGUUCAAGUCUUCUCUCCCUUGAACGAAGAAGAGCCUUCGACAAGGUUCGAGAAGACGAAGAGCUUGAGAAGAAAAGGCGGCAGCAAGAGGCUGAAGCAAAGGUUAUUGAGGAAGAAACCGCAAAAAUAAUAGAACAAUCUAUUAGAAAGAAAGUUCACGAGGCUCUACACUCGGAAGAGUUUAAGAAGGAGAUUGAGUCGAGAAUACAGGAGGGCAGGAAAAAAAUUAUUGAUGACAUUGCCGCUCAGCUUGAGAGAGAAAAGGAGGAAGCACUUGCAGAAGCCAGGAGGAAUGAGGAGGAAAAAAUGAGGGAGAAAGAGCAGCUAGAACAGAUGCUCGAAGAGAAUCGACGAAAAAUCGAAGAAGCUCAAAGGCGAGCAGCUGAGGAGCAGGCCAGAAAAGAGGAAGAACGUUAUCGUGAGUUGGAGACUCUACAACGGCAAAAGGAGGAAGCGUUGCGAAGGAGAAAGUUGGAAGAGGAGCAAGGACGGCAAGAACAAAUGAAAAUCUUGGGCAAAAAGAACACUCGCCCCAAGUUGUCGUUUGCGCUUGGGUUCAAGUGACUAGCAACUUUGUAUUGUAUUGCAUCAGGAUAGUCUCUUAUUUCGUAGCAUGUUCUUUUCUUUUCUUUAAUUUUGUUUCUUUUCCCCCUUCAGAGCAUUCUACCGUUGUUAAGUGAAGCGAUGAGUUGGUAGCUCUUAGGUUUAGGAAGUUGUGUGCAUCUCGCAGCCAGGUAGUGGGUUGGAUAGAAAAAAAUGAAUGUUUUCAAGAGAACUCAAUGUAAAUCGUAUUCUUGACUUCCUACAAACCUCAUCUUUUUAUUUGUU